AUGGUGGACACACACAAAGGACACGCCGACGCUUGUAUAGACGCAAUAACAGCGGCCGAGGACUUGAAACUUAAAGUUAACAGGGUUAUUAUUGAAAUCAAAGAUAUAACUCUCAACAAAUCUUCGAUAGAAAAAGAAGAAAAGAAACGACUCACCGACUUGGACAGGCAAAGACAACUCGCCAGACAGGCUAUUGAGACACGAGAAGACAAACUUUGCAAGCUGGUGAAAACAUGUGCUGAAGAAGCCAAAGACAGUGUAGACAAAUCAUAUUUUGAUUUAAAAUUUCAGCUGCAAAUUACCAAUAAAAUAGCAUCCCUUGAAAAACAACUUAAAGCCUAUGAAAAUAUGGUGAAUGACGCUUCCGUCUCAAGUGUAGUUAAAAAUCACGAGGAAUGGGAGACUUCACUAAAGGAAAUUUUGGAGACUCAUUCCCCCACCUCUCCCGUGCCGGUCCUAAUGUUUCGGACCAACACUGUAGUAAAAACAGCCAUACAGCAGGCAAUGGGUGCAGUGGUUAUAGGAGAGAUCACGCCGACAUUGAUCACACAACACCAAUUGCAGUGUUCCAAAGACCCAAAGGAAUGGCCGAUAGCUGUGGACAGCAUGUCUGGUGGUGACGUCGUGAUGGGGACGGGGUGUAUUGCUGAUAAAACCCAGCGUCGUAUCAUCAUCUGUUCCUCCACAGGAGACAUCAAGAAGGAGAUCAAGGUUACGGGACUGAAUGGACUGACAGUACUACGUGAUGGUACAAUAGCAGCUACUGUAUGGGACGGCAGUACACAGGAAGUGAGGAUAUACACUAAAGACGGUGUUGUGAAAUCAUCGUUCAAGUGCAGCACACCUGGUCGUAUUACAGUGAACCACGAAGGUCACAUGGUCGUGAUAGAUUCUAGUACAGACACAUGUGGUAAUGUAAUGGUAUAUCAUGCUGACGGUACACAGAUCAGGGUAUUCACUGACACCUCAUCAAAACCAGUACAAUAUGCCAAGUACAUAACAACCACACCCAGUGGUGACGUCAUAGUAUCAGAUCCCAAUGACCGCUGUAUACGUGUCUACACACCUGAGGGUCAGCUACAGUACACGUACGGUGGAGAGGGCGUCAUGAAGGGUUCACAGGGUGUCUAUGUGGAUGAAGAUGGAACUAUAUUUAUCUCCGAUCUCAAUGCUGACAACAUCCACCAGGUGUCUCCUGCUGGUCAGUUCAUGCGAUAUGUGUUGACAGCCAUGGAUGGACUGUGGGGACCCAAGGACGUGUGCAUCAACCAGGAAGGGCACCUCGUGGUAGUUCAAGAUGACGGAUGGAUCAAGACAUACAAGUAUAAAUAA